CAGAAGAUUACAAUGUUUACAAUUUUCGUACAGUGAAUCAGAAAAGUCUCAAAAUUUCAAUUAUUUAAAUAGUUAUUUAUUCAUGAUUUUAAUGAAAUAUGUUGUACAUGAAAACGUAUUUAUUUUGAAUGCAGUACAAUGGAAUCGCAACCGCAGACACAUUGUACCGUGACUGAGCAGUUCCGUUGCUAUUGUUUACUGUGUUUCUCCGACGGACCGGAUUUUAUCAAAACAUUACCAACAACUCCUGAGGAAGGAAACGUUCAACAGAAUAUCGAAGCCCUUAUUACAAAAUAUUUCCCAGAGGAAAUACUUGAUCUGAACGGGCAGAUUUGUUGUAGUUGUUACCAGCAACUCAGAGACUUCCACCAGUUUUAUUUGAAGAUAAAAACAAUUCAGUGGAAGCGUAAAAUGAAAACGACUGUAAAUGAUGGUGCCUGUAAUCUAGUUUCGUUUCAAUUGGACACAACUAUCAAAGAAGAAAAAAUUGACGACACAUACCACUUUGACCAUUCUGGGGAGGUCGACGGUCUGAACAAUUUCCUAGAUGAACAGUUUGGAUCACAGGCUGAACACAGCGAAAAUGAAAUUGCACAGAAUCGCAUUUUAGAUUCUAUUGUGAAUGAAUUUCAAGCCAGCUCAUUAGGUAACAAUAACUUGAGUCGAAACAAUGAGAGCAUACCCAAUCCAAAGCGCAUAAAACGAAAUUUUUCUGAUUUGUGGCAGCCUUUGAACAAUCCCAAUGCUCGGUUACAAACCAAUACGGGAAAAUCUGACGCCGAAAAACUGGACGAUGAAUUCCACGAAUAUGACAAGCCACCAGAUGAACCAACACAACAGUCGCACGUUUGCGGAGCGAUGGAAGAAUUAGAGCGUCUUCGCAAAGAAAACGAAUGGCUCAAACGAAGAAACCAUCUGCUCGUAACACGAUUGCGGGAUGUCCACGUCCGCAAUAACGAUCUUCUACAAGCUAACCGAGAACUAACAGAAAAGCUUAGAACUCACGAUUCAAAAUUGCUCGGAAAGCCCACUCCUAUAGUUCAUGAAACUGUGAAAACUCCUCCAGCGGCCUGUGCGUACUCCAAAGAACAAAGUUCUCCCAUAUUCAUCACGUCACCUCCUACUGUUUCUCAUCUACGGCAAAGUCGAGAGACAAUUGCAAACAAAUUCAUAUCGCUAAGUGGAGCGUACACGCUAGAUAACGGCGAUAUCGUGGUGAUGGACUCAGUCAUUCCGUGUCGUACGAUGGUGGACAUUGACGCAGUUGAACCCGGUGAAAAGUAUGAUCUCAAAUUUAUAAGCAAACUGGCAGUAGCACUUUGGGGACACGAACGGUUGGCAGUGAGCAGUGUCACGGGACGAAAAUCGAAUAACGCAGGACAAAAUGCACCGCCAAGUAUACAGCUGGAACCGGAUAAGCUGACUUUCAUCAAAGAAAAAGUUUACAAUCGGGCAAUGUUGGAAACGAACGAUCGGUUACAAGCAAUGGCACGGUUCGACGACUCACGUAUCAAUCGCUUACUGAACAUAAAAAUUCAAAAUGCGAAAAGGAAAAAGAAUCUGCAUUUUUCUCCCACUUGAUUGAGCAACUUUUAGCUGCAUUUAGUUAAUAUACAAGUUUCGAAAAGUACGAAUGAUACACAUAAAACAUUCAUGUAUGUGGUUUAUAAGAAUAAGAAAUUGAAGAACAAAAAAUCGUCUAA